CAGCCAUCGAUUUUUUUCUUCACCACAAAUGCCAAUUAUCAUUCGAUAUGGCGUAAUAAUUCCGCAUAAAUUUGUUAGUGUAUUGUUCGGCAAUUUGUUGUCACUUUUGGUGUAGAAAAUUGGACUAUAAGUUUACAUGUUUUAUCUAUGGCUGGAGCGUUAUCGGUGGAUGUCUUUCGCGCUACAACUAUUUUUAUUGCGAUAUGUUGUUUGGCGGCGAGGGUGUUUUGCACCAACAGAUAUUAUGGAUCAUAUUUAACGUUUGGCACGGGCGAUGACAUUAUCGAAACGUAUCAUAUGCACGGUGGAACCACAUCACCCAUUCACAAAUGGAAUAUCGAAUGUCUGGACGGAGAAGCGGUAAUCGGCAUUCGGGACACUGCAGAUGAUUUUCAGAGAAUACAAGGACUUUGGUGUAAAUUCAUGUUCCCGUAUAAACCGCCGUCAUCCGAUUAUCCUUACUAUCCCGGGUGCUACGUGAGAAACUUUACUACGCAUGAUUUCUGCUACGAUCCACGUGACGCCCUGACGUCACCCAACAGCUUCAUGACAGGUUUAUGGGAUAACGACUUCCAGUUCCAAGUCUGGCGCAUCACCACCGACUACGUGCAGCUGUUUAAAUGCUGCGCCACACCGGCCAAUUAUUACAUCGACUACAUGUCGUGCUACUACAAAAUGACACAUGACCAGUACUGGGAAUAUUAUGACCAUGUCCUCUUCCUCAUGUUCUGCGAUACGGGCUACGUGGUGACCGGACUGGGUAAAAAGCAUAAUCCCUACACCACGGACAUCCAUCUGGACUGGAUCCAGUGUUGCCGGGUGGGUUUCGGACCGGGACGCUUCCCGGUGGGACAACUGGCCGAGGGUUUGCAUAGCUACGGCAAUGGAUCCGCGGCAGCCGGCUACGGCACGAACCCUACCUACCGCUCACUGAAUGCGAACGCCCACAAUCUACCAAAUUUCAAAUCUCUGCUCAACAACCCGAAACUGGCACUAUCCAAGCUAUAACGUUUAUAGACAC